AUGGCGUCAUCGUCGCCUGUCCGGAAGCGGAAGGAGCUUGGGGAUGGCGGAGGCGCUGGGGCAGAGAGUCCGGGGCUCGGGCCCGUGACUGCGGAGGUGCGGAUGGCCAGUGCCCGGAGCGGCUCCGCCUGUCUGCAGGCCGCUGGCUCCGGGGAGCGCGCCUUGGGCGAGCUGCUGCUGGAGUUUUCCAGGGCGCAGUACCGGGCCCGGGAAAGCGGGGGAGCAGCAGGCGGCAGCGCCGGGAGCAGCGGCAAUAAUAAGGUAGAACACAUUGAAAAAUGCUGCCUUGAAUUGUUCAGCAGGGAUUAUUGCUACAGCCUGAUCCACAAUGUGAAUGGUGACAUCUGCAGCCAUUACCCACGUCUGAUUGUCAUCUUGGAAUAUGAGAGCAGUGACCGAGAAAGACACACGUUUGAAAGCACCGUCCAGAUUGGCAAGCUGCAAGACCUGAUCCACCGCAGUAAAAUGGCCCGAUGUAGAGGCCGGUUUGUCUGCCCCGUUAUCCUCUACAAGGGAAAGCAUAUAUGCCGGUCAGCCACAUUGGCAGGGUGGGGAGAACUUUAUGGGCGAACAGGAUACAAUUACAUUUUCUCAGGGGGUUCAGACGAUGCCUGGGCAGAUACGGAAGACUUGUCAGAAGAGGACUCUGCUUUAAGAAAUGCAGACUCACAACUCUUCGACAAAGUCCGAGGUCACGACAUCAAGCUCUUGCGGUAUCUGUCAGUUGCAUACAUCUGUGACCUGAUGGUGGAGAACAAAAAAGUGAAGUUUGGAUUGAAUGUGACUUCUUCUGAGAAAGUGGAUAAAGCACAGCGUUAUGCUGACUUCACGCUCCUUUCCGUCCCCUACCCGGGGUGCGAAUUUUUCAAGGAGUACAAAGAACGGGAUUACACAGCAGAAGGACUGGUAUUUAACUGGAAGCAGGAUUAUGUAGAUGCUCCCUUAAGUAUCCCAAUCUCUCUUACCAAGCCUUUGAACAUCGAUUGGAGUGAAUAUCAGAACUGGGAUCUUGUACAGCAGACACAGAACUAUCUGAAGCUUCUGAUCUCCAUUAUCAAUAGUGAUGAUGAUGGCGGGCUCCUGGUUCAUUGUAUAUCCGGAUGGGACAGGACGCCGCUUUUCAUCUCUCUCCUGCGUCUCUCCCUGUGGGCUGAUGGGCUGAUCCACACAUCCCUGGAACCUGCAGAGAUUCUUUACCUGACAGUGGCUUAUGAUUGGUUCUUCUUUGGGCACAUGUUAGUGGAUCGGCUCAGCAAAGGAGAGGAAAUUUUCUUUUUCUGCUUCGAUUUUCUGAAGCACAUAGCCUCCGAGGAGUUUUCUGCCGCUAAGCAGCUGAGGAAGAGUCUGCCACCUGGAUUCACUCUGGAAGAAAUCUGUAUGCUAAAGCAGAGGGACCGGGGCAGCACCACCAGUCUGAGCAGCGACUUUUCUCUUAUGAUGGAGAAUUCACCUGGAGCUGCAGGGAGUUUCUCUUACGAUGCUGUGGAGUUGAUGCUAACAGGACCUCAAGCUUCUUGGAGGAAAAACUGUGCGUCGUCCCCUCAGGCUGUCCUGUGGAAUCGGACGCAGCAACCCGAAGACAGGCUGCCCAUCCAGGGCACUCUUGACGCAAGGUCCUCCAGCUCCUCUUCUUCCAAUCAUUCAGAGAACUUCUCCAGGCUAGGCAGCAGUCCGCUCGAAGUCCCCAAGACCAGGUUGGUGACUCUGACAGAGAGGGAAUCCCGUCUUCAGGAGGUGCGCUCAACGUUCUUGUCUGCCUACAACAGUACCGUGGGGCUGAAAUUAGCGUCGCCCAGCUCAUCGGGAGCCAUCGGGGGCCUUCUGGAGCAAUUUGUUCGGGGCGUAGGACUCAGAGGGAGCAGUGUCCUUUGACAUUUCGUCUGCCUGCCCAUCACGCCGAAUGGGGUUACCGUCUAAUCCCACCGGUGAAGGAACCUCAAAGCCAUGUGACACCCCCCACCCCCAAGUGCCAGCUCCUGGUCUGUGUCAGAGCCCUUGGCUGCCAGAUCGUCUCCUAGACGGCUCCCAGACUUCCAGCUCUUCCGGGUCCAUCUGACUGACUGUGGUGGCAAUCGGUGUUAUUUCAAGCUGGGCUGAUUUCCACUGGAAACAAAGGAUCCCCCUCCUCAGUCUUUUAGGACUUGGCAAGCACUGACAAAUCACCAGUAAAAUGUGUCAAAACCUC